AGUGAUGCGGGCGCGCGCCGCGGCCCCGGAGUCGGCGGCGGCCGGAGCGGGGAGCGGAGCCCGCACCGCGGCCCCGGAGAGCCGCGGCCCCGGGAGCCCCACGGCGAGACAGCGCCGGGGAGAGGAGCGGGAGAAGCCCCCCAAAACCCGGCUGAUUCUCUGGCUGGAGCUCGGCUCCGCAUCCCGGGGCUCCGCAUCCCGGGGCUCCAUCCCGGCUCCAUCCUCGGCGCUGCGGGCUCAGUAUGGGCGGAGGAGCCCCGCGCCUGCACCGGCUGCUGCUGCUGCUGCUGGGGCUGUGCAGCUGGACGGCCGCGCUGCGAGGACAUGAGAACAGCGAGGCCCUGCCUGAGUCCAUCCCCUCGGCCCCGGGGACCCUGCCCCAUUUCCUGGAGGAGCCGGACGAUUCCUACAUCAUCAAGAGCAACCCCAUCGUGCUGCGCUGCAGGGCCGUGCCCGCCAUGCAGAUCUUCUUCAAGUGCAAUGGGGAGUGGGUGCACCAGAACGAGCACGUGUCCCACGAGAGCCUGGACGAGGCCACAGGGCUGAAGGUGCGGGAGGUUUCCAUCAACGUGACGAGGCAGCAGGUGGAGGAUUUCCACGGCCCUGAGGAUUACUGGUGCCAGUGCGUGGCCUGGAGCCACCUGGGCACCUCCAAGAGCAGGAAGGCGUCCGUGCGCAUCGCUUAUCUACGGAAGAACUUCGAGCAAGAUCCCCAGGGCAAGGAGGUUCCCAUCGAGGGGAUGAUUGUCCUGCACUGCCGGCCCCCCGAGGGCGUCCCCGCGGCCGAGGUGGAGUGGCUGAAGAACGAGGAGCCCAUCGAUUCCAACCUGGACGAGAACAUCGACACCAGGGCCGACCACAACCUCAUCAUCCGCCAGGCGCGCCUGUCCGACUCGGGCAACUACACCUGCAUGGCUGCCAACAUCGUGGCCAAGAGGAGGAGCCUGUCGGCCACCGUGGUGGUCUAUGUGAACGGGGGCUGGUCCUCGUGGACGGAGUGGUCCAGCUGCAACGCGCGCUGCGGCCGGGGCUGGCAGAAACGCUCGCGCACCUGCACCAACCCCGCGCCCCUCAACGGGGGAGCCUUCUGCGAGGGCAUGUCCGUGCAGAAAAUCACCUGCACCUCCCUCUGCCCCGUGGACGGCAGCUGGGAGGUGUGGAGCGAGUGGUCGGUGUGCAGCCCCGAGUGCGAGCACCUGCGCGUGCGGGAGUGCGCCGCGCCCGCGCCCCGCAACGGGGGCAAGCACUGCGAGGGCCUGAGCCAGGAGUCCGAGAACUGCACCGAGGGGCUCUGCAUCCAAGACGUGGAGCGCGGCGGGGACGUCGCGCUGUACUCGGGGCUGGCGGCGGCGGUGCUGGCGGUGGCCGUGCUGGCGCUGGGGGUGACCCUGUACCGGCGCAGUCAGAGUGAGUACGGCGUGGAUGUCAUUGAUUCCUCUGCACUCACGGGAGGCUUCCAGACUUUUAAUUUUAAAACAGUCAGACAAGGUAACUCGCUGCUCCUGAACUCGUCCCUGCAGCCCGAGCUGACGGUCAGCAGGACCUACAGCGGCCCCAUCUGCCUGCAGGACCCCCUGGACAAGGAGCUGAUGACCGAGUCCUCCCUGUUCAACCCCCUGGCCGACAUCAAGGUCAAGGUGCAGAGCUCCUUCAUGGUGUCCCUGGGUGUCACCGAGAGGGCCGAGUACCACGGCAAGGCCCACCCCGGCACCUUCCCCCACGGCAGCCCCAGGCCCUUCGGGACCAUGCAGGCCCGGAACAAGGCCAUGUUCAUCCAGAACCUGGCCUCCAUCUCCAGCAGCAGCGAGCUGAGGAGCACGGCCCUCUUCGGGCACCUGGGGGGCCGCUUGGUGGUCCCCAACACAGGGGUCAGCCUGCUGAUUCCACAUGGGGCCAUUCCAGAGGAGAGUUCCUGGGAAAUCUACCUGGCCAUCACCCAGAAGGAGUCCAGCCUGGAGCCGGAGGGCCCUGAAGUGCUGCUGGGGCCCGAGGUGAGCUGCGGGCCCCCCGAGCUGGCCGUGAGCACCCCCUGCGCCCUGAGCAUCCCACACUGCGCCCACGCCGACCCCCAGCACUGGAGCAUCCACCUCAAAAGGAGGACCCAGCAGGGCAAGUGGGAGGAAGUGAUGUCUGUGGAAGAGGAAACUACUUCUUGCUACUGCCUGUUGGAUCCUUAUGCCUGUCACAUUCUCUUAAACAGCUUUGGAACUUAUGCCCUAAUUGGGGAACCCAUCUCAGACUACGCCGUUCGACAGCUGAAAGUCGCCGUUUUUGGCUGCCUGUCUUGCAAUUCUCUGGAUUACAAUCUGAGGGUUUAUUGUGUGGAUAACACCCCUUGUGCAUUCCAGGAAGUGGUUUCGGAUGAAAGGCUCCAAGGGGGACAAUUACUGGAGGAACCCAAACUUCUGCAUUUUAAAGGCAACACCUGCAGCCUGCAGAUCUCAGUGCUGGACGUGCCUCCCUUCCUGUGGAGAAUCAAACCCUUCACUGCCUGUCAGGAGGUGCCGUUCUCCCGCGUGUGGCGCGGCAGCCCCCGGCCCCUGCUCGGCGCCUUCUCCCUGGAGCGCUUCAGCCCCGCCACCACCCAGCUGUGCUGCACCGUGUGCGUCAGGCAGCUGCAGGGCCACGAGCUGCUGCUGCACGUCCAGACCUCCGUCCUCGAGGCUGAGAGAGAAACCAUCCCCUUCUUUGGCCAUGAGGACAGCGCCUUCCCCGCCCAGCUGGGCCCCAAGGCCUUCAAGAUCCCGCGCUCCAUCCGGCAGCGCAUCUGCGCCACCUUCGACGCGCCCAGCGCCAAGGGCAAGGACUGGCAGAUGCUGGCCCAGAAGAACAGCAUCAGCAGGAAUCUCUCCUUCUUUGCCACCCAGAGCAGCCCCUCCGCCGUCAUCCUGGACCUGUGGGAGGCGCGGCACCAGCACGACGGGGACCUGGACUCGCUGGCCUGUGCCCUGGAGGAGAUUGGCAGGACACACUCCAAGCUCUCCGAGGUGGCAGAGCCCGAGCUGGAGGAGCCCGAGUUCCCCUGCAGCAGGAAGGGGCUUUAGUCCCUCUGCCCCACCAGGACACACGGCCAGCCCGGCCCCGAGCCCGGGCCAGGGGGACAGCAGGGUUUGUGGGGAUGGAACUCGCCCCACAUCCGUGGCAGCGGGAGGAGCAGAAGCUAAAAACCCUCUGGUGAUGAGGAAAACGAGCUUCUCCCUGUCCUCCUCCACUUAAAAUCCAGCUUUUGGUGCCCCAAACAAGCCUGCACUUGUGUCAGUGCCGGGGCAGGAGGGAGAGAGACACAGAGCCAUAAGAGGUAAAUGUUAUUCUGUAUUUAGGAACAGUCAUGUUCAUGUACUGCCUAGUGAAAAUCAACAAACAAUGUUGGAUAUUUCGAGCCACUGGAGGUUGGUCCUGGUUAAAAGGUUUCUCGCUUCGAGAGUGGUUUAAAAUCCCAUCACGUUGUCACUUUAUGUCUGCUACAGGAAAACUGAAAAUUUGGCCUUAUCCUGUUCAGAUGUUUGAGGAAUUAGAAGAUCUCAUAAUUAUUUCAUAUCGUGUGUAUUCCAAAUAAUUUGUUUUAAAAAUUCAGCCCCUUAAUGAAUGUACAUUUGCUGCAGAGCUUUGCUGCCUGCUCUGUUACCAAAAUUCCGGAACAAACCCCUUCUCUCUGAGACUGGGGGGUGUGCACACGCCAGAGGAAUUUUCUAAUUUUCUACGUCUGCAAACUUUCUUAGUCAAAAAACUGUCUUUGGGGGUGGAUUUAAAUAACCAAAUAACACACGGGAAAUUUCCAGCCCUAUUUUAGCAAGUUGAGACGUUUAUUUUUGUUACUUCAUUCUCUGUGGCUGAGCUGAAGGUGAAGGCAAUCAGCACAGCUUCAUUUUGGUUUGGUUUGGUUUCAGACUGAAACCACAAGCCCCACACGGCACUGCCAACACUGGCCUGGAUUUUGUUGCACAAUUUGGGAAUUUCACAGGGUCCAGAGCUGGCUGUGUUACCUUGGUUUAGUUACAAAUUGCAUUUACCCCCAAAAUCAGGAUCUAACUGGAGAAUUCACCUCGUUUUUUACCCAUUCCAUGCAAAUAUGAUUUAUGACUUCAACCAAACCAAAAAGAGCUGUCACUGUGAGCGAGGGCCUGGUGGAGCUGGUACUGAGCCAAAUGUCACCAUUAUUUUGACCAUUCUUUUCACUCACAUCCUUCACCAUAGCCGAAGUGCUCCUCAGCCCGUGGGGCUGCCAGGGCACAGUCAGGAGAAACAGGAACAGAAAUGAGGCUUUGGGAGCUCUGUGGAAAUGCAGGAAGCCCAAACCAAGGAUUUGGGGGUUUGUGUUUGACUGAGAGCAGCACGACAGCCCCCAGGACAGGUCCAGUCUGGAACUGUUCCUUCACCCAGGACUGCAGUGUGAAAAUCUGAACAACAACAGCAACAACAAGAUCAACAACAGCGACAGCAACACCAGCUCUGUCCCUGCUCCUGCUGCUCUGAAAUCACGAAUGUCACUGCCUGCCCAGCUCAGGAAUUGGCUGAGACUUGGAAAUCCUGAGACUUGGAAGCCCUGAGACCAGUGCAAACCUUUCCUGCAGCUCAGCAUCUCCUGCAGCCUUGGCAGGAGGCUCCUGGCACAGGUUUCGGGGCAGACAGAAAUACCGGCUGCAAGCUGUCACUGCUUUCAGCAGCACAUGCUCCUCCAGUUCUAUCUCCACUGACUGCCAGUCCUCCUCCACAAACCUGUUCUUCGUUGGACAAAAUGUCAGCCAUUAGAAAAAACAAAACAAGGCAUGGCACCCGGGGAACAAGCAGAGCGUCUGCGAGCUGCCGUUGUCGGGGAAACCAGCCCCGCUCUGCCUGCACAGGGAGUUUGUUCUCAGCACCCAGAGCUGCUCUGCUCCUGGAGCAGGCUGGGUUUGUGUGCCCCAGGUGCUGCAGGGGAUUCCCAGGAGCUGCAUCCUCCUGCUCUGCUCCACGGGAGCUGCCCCCACAGCCCAAGGGAGCCCCAGGAGCUGCACGGGCUCAGCCCCUGCUCCCUUUCCUAAGGGAACGCCGGGUUCUGUCCAGCCCUGCAGCUCUGCAGACCCCCCGGUGCAGGACACCCCACUCAGAGGGACCCAGCCCCACCCCAGCAUCCCAGUUCCACCCACAGUCCCGUGGAGGGCAUGUCCUGAAAGGGGAUAAAUGUCCAAGCUGGACAAUUCCAGAGGGAAACUGUUCCCCGUACCUGGGGCAGGGCUCAGUUGGACACUGCCCUUUAGGUUUUGUUCCCUGGUUUUUCUUCCCUUUGACUAAAGCAGUUCUUUAGAGCUGAUCUCGCUCUUUGAGAACCCGAAUCAACAACUCUCAAGCUUUCCUUCCUAUUCCUGACUGCUUUGAUGCUCUUGUGUUCUUCAAAUGAACCAGAAAUGCCCCAAAUAUUUAUUUCCUUUCUCCCUUUCUCUUAAAAAGACCUUUUGGAAAUCUGUGCACGUAUUCAUAUGAUUUGACCCAAAACACAGAUGUGGAGGAGCACCUGGAAAAGGAUUAGAGGCCAGAAAUUAAAAAUUCAUUCCUUUCUUCUGUUGUAUAAAUUAUGAUAAUUGAAAAACAAUUUUCCCGAACUAAAAAGUAAGAGAAGGAGAAAUGUGAAUUUCCCCCCUGUAGAUUCCACGUGGCUGCCCUGGCUCUAUUCAGGGGAAAGAGCCAUUCUGAUUUUACAUCACCGAAGAAUCUGCUUUAAUAGAUUUUCAUCUUCCUGAGCACUUUGCCCAGGUAUUUCUGUGCCAUGACUCAUUGCAGACUAAUGGCUGCAUUUUUAAAAUGACUCCCAGCUCCGCCAGCACCAUAAAGCUCAUUUCCAUUUCGUACCGCCCUGCACUCCCACAGAAAUUUUAUUGGGAUUUUUGUAAUAGAUGAAGAGAUAUCAAACAGUUCUCUUAAAAUCCAGCAAACUGCUUUUGUCAUUGUUUUUAUCUCUGGCCGCAGCUGCUCUCCCCUCUCUGUCCUGGGCACUGCUGGCUUUCAGAGAAUCUGAUUCAGCAUAAAUCACCAGAAAGGGAUCUUGCAGGGUCCAGGAUAUUCACAUCACACUGCAGGUCCAUUCUUUUCCACUUGCAAGGCAGUGCUGUGAGAGUUUUAAAGCAUUCAAUAACUGAUCAAUUCCAAUUUUACACAAAAGAGAGACACAGCCCAGCUCCACUGUGAGUUAAACAAGGGAGGGACUGGGCUGGGCUCCUGGUCACCACCUGAAUCUUCUUUUUUCAGGCUGUUUCUGCCUGUAAAACACAGAUUGCAGCAAAGAGCUGCGCGAGUUCUUGGCUGGUAAUUAACUGAGUGGAAAACAGGAAGCGAGAUUUGAAGUCCUUGACAGCCAAGGAUGAUCUGCAGGGUUGCCUCUCUGGCCUUUCCUUGGCUGAUGCUCCCAGGGAGUUCUCUCUCACCUGUGGCACAGCAGGAAAGGGUGAACAUCCCUCACCCAGAGCCUGCCCAUGGUUUCCCAGGGGCUGCUCAUUCCUGGGAUGAGCUCUGGUGAAAUUCCUCCCUGGACACUGCUCCUGAUCCAACAGGAGGUGUGCACAGCCCUCCCUGCCCAGCCCAGGAUUUGGGUGGAAUUGGUGAAGUUUGGGGUGCCCUGCACCCAGCCUGGCAGGGCAGGAGGGGAAAGUUUGGGGUUUCCUCCCAAACCCUCCCAGCACUGACCAGCCCCUGGCUGUGGCAGAGUGGAACAUCCAGCCCCUGCCAUCCCCACGCUGGAAUUGGGAAUAUUGACCCAUGGCUGGGAUAUCUCCCCAAGGAAUCCCUUCAGGUGUCCCCGGCUGGGAUUUCUCCCCAAGGAAUCCCUUCAGGUGUCCCCAGCUGGGAUAUCUCCCCAAGGAAUCCCUUCGGGUGUCCCCGGCUGGGAUUUCUCCUCAAGGAAUCCCUUCAGGUGUCCCCAGUUAGGAUAUCUCCUCAAGGAAUCCCUUCAGGUGUCCCCGGCUGGGAUAUCUCCCCAAGGAAUCCCUUCAGGUGUCCCCGGCUGGGAUUUCUCCCCAAGGAAUCCCUUCAGGUGUCCCUUGUUCAGGCACUGGAGGCGGAGGGAGGAAACUCCAAACCCCAGCCCCACAUUUUUAGGUGAAGCUGUUGAUUUUUUGGUCCUUUCCCCUCUCGGCCUCCACCCCAGCCCCUGCUGAGCCCCAGGGCUGCUGAGUGCCUCUCCCAGCUGGGCAGGGCACACACAAACCCUGGGCUCACAGACACGGCUUUGGGAACACAAACUCCAUCCCCUCGUCCCGCUGUGACUCCGAUAUCCCAGCUGAUAAACGGUUACAAAAAUGUUAAAUGUGCUCCUUCUGUUGGUUUGGAUAAGAUAAAAUGUGGUGCUGGUCAGUCUGGUGAGACUCUGGGCAGUGUCAGACAAGAGAUAACAAAAUUCCCAUUGCAUUUUCAACUUCCAGAACUUUAGGCCAGCUCUUAGCUGAAAACAGGAGGAGGAACUUCGACCCAACCGAACACAAAAUAUAAAUAAUUCCUAAAAAGAGACAAAAAAAAACCCCCACAAGUAUUCCCCUAGAGAGAGCUGUUUUCUCUUCUGCUCCUUUGUUUCUGCAAUGCAGAGGUUGUGAAAAGGUCGGUUCUUGGCUGCUCUGCCCGAGCAUCCCUCCCUGCCCCGGCGUGUUUGGGGUGAAGGAGGGCAGAGCUCUGAACCCUUCUUAGGAUGACACUGAAGGAGUGGGGAAGGGAGACAGAACAUGGAAUCAAAAGCAUGGCCUUGGCUUCAUACCACACUUUCUGUGCCUUGUUCUAUCAAUGUAAAUUCUGAAUGUUGUACAGUGAAAAUACUUGGGAAAGACUCCUUGGAAAAGGCUGCACUGGCUUCUUUUUUCAGCACAUGUACAUAUAUAAAUAUAUAUACAUAUAUAUAUAUAUAUAUAUUUGGUAAUGCCAACCAGCUGUGUUCUAUUGUCCUGGAGAAGUCAAAGUGGACACUUUGGGUGUUUUCUGUAGAGUUUCAGAGCUGUGAGGCCCCGGCCUUUGGAGAGAGGUGUACAGAUUGGAAUUAUGGAUAUCAGCUAUUUAUGAAUAAAGAGUCUUUUACUGACA